AUGGUCCUGCUUUCCAUAGUUACGGCAACCGAUCGGAUUACGAAUGGUCCAAACGAAGCAAAUCCAUUAAUCAUUCAAAUUAUGGAGCCAGGAGGAAAUGGAGAAGACCCACCUGAUGUGAAACCUACAGGAGGAAAUGGAGAAGACCCAUCUGAUUCUCUACAGGAGAAAAUGGAGAAGACCCACCUGAUUCGGUGUUCACCAGAGGAGGAAAUGGAGAAGACCCACCUGAUUCGAUGUCCAGCCCUAAAGACAAGUACGGAAAGCCAAAGAUACUGGUAUACAGGAGGAAAUGGAGAAGACCCACCUGAUUCGGUGUUCAAAGGAGGAAAUGGAGAAGACCCACCUGAUUCGGUGUCUAGCGGAGGAAAUGGUGAUGACCCACCUGAUUCGGUGUCCAGCUCUAAAGACAACGCAGACCCACCUGAUUCGGUGUCCAGCUCUAAAGACAAGGACAGCCCCCCCUGA